UCACGGCCCGGGAGGCGGAAUCGUGGAAGGAGGGACCGCGGGGGAGGAGGCUCCGCGCUGCCGAGAGGGUGGAGGGAGGGCGCGCAAUCCCAGCCCAGAGCUUCAAAACAGCCCGGCGGCCUCGCCUCGCACCGCAGCCUGUCAGCCGCUCCAGCUGCCAGCGCGGCCACCAGCGCCAGCACAUCCUGCUCUGGGAUUUAAACGUGACCCCUCUCCUCGGCCUGCCCUGUGAAAAUGUUGGUGCUUCUUGCUUUCAUCAUUGCCUUCCACAUCACCUCCGCAACCUUGCUGUUCAUCGCCACUAUUGACAAUGCCUGGUGGGUAGGAGAUGGGUUUUCUGCAGAUGUCUGGAGAAUAUGUACCAACACCACGAAUUGUACAGUAAUCAAUGACAGCUUUCAAGAGUACUCCACGCUGCAGGCGGUGCAGGCCACCAUGAUCCUCUCCACCAUUCUCUGCUGUAUCGCCUUCUUCAUCUUCUUGCUCCAGCUCUUCCGCCUGAAGCAGGGAGAGAGGUUUGUGCUAACCUCCAUCAUCCAGCUAAUGUCAUGUCUGUGUGUCAUGAUUGCGGCCUCCAUUUAUACAGACAGGCGUGAAGACAUUCACAAGAAAAACACGGAGUUCUAUAACCUGACCGAAGGAGGCAGCUACGGCUACUCCUACAUCCUGGCGUGGGUGGCCUUCGCCUGCACCUUCAUCAGCGGCCUGAUGUACCUGAUACUGAGGAAGCGCAAAUAGAGUUCCGGAGCUGGGCUGCUUUUCUGCAGUACAGAGUCCACAUUCAGAUAACCAUUUUGUAUAUAAUCAUUAUUUUUUUGUGAGGUUUUUCUAGCAAAUGUAAUGUUUCCUUUAAAAGCCAAAAAAAAA